AUGCCCGCUCGCUACAACGCUUCGCAUUUCGGUAUCUCAGUCACGCUGGAUGACCUCAGCAGCGGGCUGCACAAGGUCAACGAGGAUAUCCUCCACACCUCCCUGCACCAGCUUCCGAUGGAUGAGCGCACCGCUCUGAUCCAGUUGGUCCGGUACCUCGCUGCGCGUCUGAACAUCCUCGCCGAGCUGGCUUGGUCAAUGCGCUCCGGCAGGCCCAUCUCCAUCCCUCGCCCGAGCAAUAGCACUCCUAAUCCUAUGGGCGAUGUCCUGCACCUCCAACUGCCACCGAUCCACUCGUCAACAUCCAGCAUCUACGACGCUCUCCGUACGGCCGCGUCUAUGCAAGAGCAGUUCAUCCAUGUCCGCUCCCUCAAACUCUCAUAUGCCGAUAUCGACUGGCUCGAAGAGCUUGAAGUCCGCACCCGUACACUGGCAUUCGAGUUCCUCACUGAGCUCGUUCCGAAGAUCGAACAGAUCAGGACAAGGACACACCAUGGACUUGUCUCACCUAUGAGCCGGACGUGGUCAAAUUCGACUACUUCUAGCCUUUUGGACCUCAAGCAAUCGGUUGGAGACUGGUCCUCUAAUGAUUCCUCGCCGGCGUCAUCCAGCUCAGAUUCUCGGGGCUGGUAA